UUCGCUCCUGCGGUCGCGGUAUCCCUCGGAAUCUUCCUUCCUCCGAUGCCUCUUCUUCCCCGCGCGCCUCCUGUUCGACGAAAUAUCCCACCCCGCUACAUAUACCCGCGCGCCAGCUCCCUUCCCGCCAUCACACCAACCAGCACGAUGCUCAGGGCGCUCAACCCGUCCCCGCUCCGCGCGCGCCCGGCCUGCCGCUCCUCUACGCGGCGCCGGCAGCGCGCGGCCUGGGGACCCCGCGCCGCGAUCCCGCAGCAGCCGCCCGUGCGCCGGCCCUCCGGGCACCGGCUGUGCGAGCCGUGGCGGGGCGCGGGCGCCACCGCGGCGCCGGCGCCAGCGCCGGCCCAGGCUCCCGCGGUGGCGGUGGAUGGAGGAGCUGCCGCUCCGGGGGCGAGGGGCGAUUUGGAGGCGUUCCUGGAGGUGGUGCCGGCGAGGAUGCGGAGCGGGCUGGCGCGGCACCCGGAGGUUCGGGAGCUCGUGGAGGUCGUCAUGGACCUCGGCCGCCGCCCGAUCGCGCGGUUCCCGUCCGGGGACUGGGUCAUCGCCGACCAACCCGUCACCGCCGAUGACCUCCACCAGGCCGUCGCAAAGGUAGGUGACUUCUCUGAGGACAACCGAUCCGGGAUCAACCACUCAUUGCACCGGAUCAGCGCCAUCCGGAACCGGAAGGCACAGAUAAUAGGGCUGACUUGCCGUGUCGGUCGAGCUAUAUCUGGCAGUGCAGAGAUGAUCCGUGAUCUGGUGGUGGGAGGUGGUUCGAUAUUGGUGAUUGGGCCUCCCGGAGUUGGGAAAACCACUCUGAUCAGGGAAAUAGCUAGAAUUUUGGCGGACGAGGGUAAGAAACGUGUGAUCAUAGUGGACACAUCUAAUGAAAUAGGAGGUGAUGGGGACGUGCCUCACUCUGGUAUUGGUCGUGCUAGGAGAAUGCAAGUUCCCAAAGUUACCAUGCAGCAUAACGUAAUGAUUGAAGCUGUUGAAAAUCACAUGCCAGAAGUAAUCGUCAUUGAUGAGAUUGGUACAGAACUUGAAGCAAUGGCAGCUAGCACCAUUGCUCAGAGAGGCGUUCAACUAGUUGGAACUGCUCAUGGGGUGACAAUCGAGAGCAUAAUUAAAAACCCUUGCUUGCAAAUGCUCAUUGGUGGGAUUGAGAGUGUGACUCUUGGCGACGAGGAAGCAAAAAAGCGGAAAGUCCAGAAAACUAUUCUCGAGAGAAAAGGACCCCCAACAUUUUCAUGUGCUGUGGAGAUGAUAUCGAAGACUGAAUGUCAAGUUCAUCACAAGUUAGAAACUACAGUGGAUGCUAUUCUUGCAGGGAAGCCUCCUAAGUUUGAAGCUCGCAAGAUGCAUAAUAAGUCUACCCAGUCAGAAAUACCAUUGGUGAUACCUGACAGAGAAUAUGAAAUAGAAUCAUUGCCAUUAUAUCAGGAACAUAUGGUCACCAAGACAAUGUCAUCAGAAGGCAACUUUAGCGAUGAUUUUGGUUCCACCAGGCAGACAAAAAUCAAGAGGAUGCCAUCGAAUGAUAAUUUCGAUGAUGAUUUUGUUUAUACAAGGAAAACAAAAGGCAAGAAAUCCGUGCCUGUAAGGUCUCUAGUCCGUGUGUACACAUACCAGAUUUCAGAAGCUGAUAUAUUGCAAGUAGCUUCGGUGAUGGGAUUUGAUGAUGAACUAGAUGUAACAGAUGACAUUGGAGUAGCUGAUGUGAUUCUUGCAUCAAGUUCUGAAAUGAAGCAGAAUCCUUGGAUUCACAACGUUGCCAAAUACCACAAGCUUCCCAUAUUUGUCGUUAAGACUAAUACGAUGGCUCAGAUAGUAAAGGCUGUCAGAAUGAUUGUUGGAAGGGACAAUGCACCAUCACGUAAGCAACCUAAGGUCAUGGAGGGAGAGAUAGAGAUUGAAGAUGAUGCUCCAAAACGGAAGCCAUCGUUGGAGGAAAUCGAUGCUUUGGAGGAGGCCCGGCUGGCAAUCGAGUACAUUGUAAUUCCAGGCGGGGAGCCAGUUGAGCUCCUCCCAAGAUGUUCAGAAAUAGUUGCUCGGCAGCUGGAGCUUGUUGAGAGCUAUCAGCUCCUCGCUGAAACCUUCGGAACUGACUCCAAUUCGAGGUUACAGAUUCUUCCUGUGAAAAUAACCAAGAAGAGUUCGAGUAAAGAUAAUCGAGGAUCGAAGCCCACCAAGCAAACCGGAUCAGAUUUGAUCGUCAGUGAGAACGGUGGUGGCUCCAGUUUUUCUCGUCUGCCCUAUCUGCCAAAGUGACCCCCCUCCCCUAGAUUGACUCUCUGAUCACCAUUGUCAAAAUAUACAUCAUUCCUUUCCUUUGUUGUUGUACAGCCCUGUGCAGAGUGGUGUAAAUAGUGUUGAAUGUUCAAGAAUCGAAAGAGCAAAGCUGACUGUAAUUGCCUUCCAUUCUUUCGCUGGAACAAAAUCUCUCCCAUUUCCGGUGUCUUAGCCGAUUCA